AUGGCAUAUGACCGCUAUGUUGCCAUUUGCAAGCCCUUGCAAUACCCGUAUAUCAUGAACGACAAGAAUUGUGCUAACUUAGCUGCCAUCUCAUGGACCAUUGCUGCUUUUGGGAGUUUGGCACAAUCUAUUUCAAUCUUCACCCUUCCCUUCUGUGGGUCAAACAGAAUCAGCCAUUUCUUCUGUGAUAUCACACCUGUUCUCAGAUUGACUUCCAUCGAUACUUACAAAAAUGAAUUGGCCAAUGCCAUACUAACUGUGGUAAUUGUCUUGGUUCCCCUUUUGUUCAUCCUCUUUACCUACAUCCUCAUCAUCUCCUCUAUUCUCAGAAUGCCAGUGGCCACCAACAGGCACAAAGCAUUUUCCACUUGUUCCUCACAUCUCACUGUUGUUCUCCUGUAUUAUGGAACAAUCAUUGCUGCCUACAUUCAGCCCAACUCGGCAAAUUCUCAGGACAACAACAGAUUCUUGCCCUACUCUACACAGUAG